AUGUGGCGGGAUGAUGUGACCAUUGGAGGAAUAGUCGACUGGCAAAUGGUUCAUCGAGGAAGUCCAGUUGAAGAUUUGCUUCGCGUCUUGAGUACAAGCACUAGUGUUGCAAAUCGAAGAAAACUGCUACAUCCUUUGCUUGAUUUCUACUACAACAGAUUGAAAAGCCUAGUUGGUGCCGAUAUGCCGUUCACAAGAGAAUACCUCAACGUGAGUUUUUCAUUAUGUAGCACGACAUAGAA